AGGAGGACCAAUGAACACCAGAAGUAGUCGACUUCACCUCUGAACUCCAGCUUUGUGCAAUGAGCUGGGUAAAAAUGGCUGAAGUAGAUUUCGGGGAUAGUGAGCUCUUUCAGCAGCUUGAUGACUCUGCACCGCUGGUCCCGACCCACAUUCGCUUCACAGAUGAUGAGGAGGAUCAGGAUGGGGGGAACCAGCUCCGGAGCAGACUGGAGGAGUCUGAGGACCACAUCCAGAGACUCACUGAGGAGAAUAAGGGCUUGAGAAGAAAACUGAACAUCCUCACACGACCAAGCGGAAUCACAAUUGAAGAUGUCGGCGUAGACGGACCAGUUCUUCAAAUCCUAUAUGCAAACAAUGUUAUUUCAAAACAAUGUCGUCAAGAAAUUGAAGACAGCCUCUGCAGUGUGAUUUUGAAGCAUCACAACCAAUGCAAUGAAAAGAAAAACAUCUAUAACAUUAAACCUCAGAAUUCAGCUUUUGCCCUGGAAGAAGAGCCGCAGAAGUUGUCUUCUGGCAGUGUUACAACAACAACAACAAAAACAACAACAGAGUCCUUUAAAGUGAUUGGAAGUGUGUUACAUUUCACUACUUUCAGUGUUGAUAAACUUGGACAGCCUCUGGUGAAUGAAAAUCCCCAGAUGACAGAGGGAUGGGAGGUUCCAACCUAUCUUCAAGUUUUCAGCAGAGUCAUUGGCACAGAUGGACAGGAUAUCGAAAUGAAAGAUAAAAGACCAAAAUCUCUGUGCUUCAACUGUGGUCUGAGCACUCAUCAAAUGAGAGACUGUCCCAAGCCUAAAGACAUGGUUGCAAUAAAUGAAAGAAGAAAGGAGUUUAAUCAGAACAGUAACCAGGCCAUGCAGAGUAACCAGCGAUACCAUGCUGAAGAAGUGGAGGAGCGGUUUGCUAAAUACAAGGCUGGAGUCAUGAGUGAGGAGCUGUUGACAGCACUUGGACUUGAUGGCAACACCCUCCCUCCUCUCAUUUAUCGCAUGAGGCAGCUUGGCUACCCACCAGGUUGGCUCAAAGAAGCAGAGAUGGAAAACUCGGGCCUGGCACUUUAUGAUGGAAAUGCUUCAAACGAUGGCAGUACAGCAGAUGAUGCCAGUUCCCAAAACCUCUCUUAUGAUGUUUCCAAACUGGUAGAUUUCCCAGGUUUCAACAUACCUGCACCCCAAAUGAGAGAUGAGUUCAUGCAGUAUGGCUCUAUCCCAAUGCAGAGCAGCCACAUUAAGCAAAACUAUGCAGCCUACCUGUCCAACAACUUCCCCAUGCCUGGUGCCAACAGCAACAAGAGACCACUUGAGUCUGACACAUCUCCUCAGCUGAGGAAGAAGACAAGGUCCAGUCCAGAUACAAGCUCUAAUCAAAGCUCGGAUAUGGAUGUUGAAUCAGACCCAGGAACAUUUUAUAACACUGAUGGCCAAGGUGACUUCCAUUUUCAGCCUCCAAUGCCACCUUGCUCUCCUUGCUUCAGUUCACCUCCUCCUCUACCCCAAGGCACUCCUCCUGCUACACCCACUCCUCCACCUCUCCCCAAAGGUACACCUCCACCCACACCCACCAAUGGUUCUCCAGCUCUGCGAGGGCGUAGCUGGGUAGCCGUUGAUGAAGCAACAGAUGGAACUGAGGAUGAACUGACACUGGAGGAACUAGAGGAGCAGCAGAGGUUGAUAUGGGCAGCUCUAGAAAAUUCAGAAACUGCCACCAACAGUGACCCCGAGACACCUGCAAUGGGAACCCCUGUACCAAGUUCACCACGUGUGUCCACACCUGUGCAUGUGGACACAGAAACAGAAGAGGUUGAAGAAAAGAUGGACACAACAAAACCUGCAGAGACUUGUCAAAACACAGAAAAUCAAAAGGAACAGAAAGCUCAGAGCCCUGGACCAAUCAAAGUCGAGGAAGAUAGUCCACAGAGCCCUGAACCAGUCACAAUCAAAAUUGAGAGCACUAAGUGUCCAGGUCCAGUCAAAGUUGAGGAUGACAGCCCACAGAGCCCUGAAUCAAUAACCCACAAAGAGGUCUUGCCACAGAGGCCUGAUCAAGGUGGGGAUGGAGACUGUGCUUCUCCUGAGCAUGUUGACAAGGUAAUGGCCGUCCCUCAUCGGAGCAACUUUGCAGCUGGUAUCGUUUCAUUUGAAGAGACACCAGAAUUCACUGAAGUUGCAGAAGCCACAGGGACAUACCUAAAGAUCAGAGACCUGCUUAAAAGUUCCCCUCGAAGUUUGGCAAAGAAAAAGUAAAAAUGACUUUCUUUAGUGAGUACACAUGGACACAAAUCUAUUUUUUAAACAAAUACAAUUAUUUUCAUUUUCAUGAUCAUCUUCUCAGUCAUGUGUUUUAGAUGUAUAUUACUUCUUCUUUUUUUCUUUCUUUGUUUUUUACCAAAUUGAGAGUCUGUGCAGUCUCUGCAUUUAAUCUUUAACAUACAUUGAGUAAGGGACAUUGAGGGAUGCUGGAACAGCAAUAAGCUUAUUUUAGACAAUAGGCUUUGACCAUUGUAAGUUUUUUGUAGUAGUAGUAGUAGUGUAACUCAUGCUGUUCAUUUUAUUGUAAAAUUGUCAACAUCUCACCUACAUGCUUUGUAUAAUGGUUUCUGAAUGGCUUUUUUCAAUUUUCCCUCCACUUUAAUUACUCUGCUCUUCAAAUACAGAUUUGUAUCUACAAUAAACCCCAACACUGGAAUGCAUACUGCA